AUGGAAAACAUAACUGCAGCGCAGGAAACUCUUUCAAGUCAAUCUUUUCCUUCUGAAUCUGCCACUAUGUCUACAAGUAGUAUGACAAAUCAGACACAAGCUUCACACUACAUCAAGGCCACUAGAGAUUCUACAAUGCUUCCACGGCCCAGUAAUGAUUUCAUACAAAACGACGUUCGCGCCUGCUUGGCUGAACAGACGGAUUCACAGCAGCAGAGCGUAACAUCGUUUGAGCGAUCUGAGCAAGAGAAUACUAGCGCAAUCCGCAACCAACGCAUACUGAAAACCUCACAGAUAGAAAGUGAAUCGAAUUCUAACAACCAUGAAAGCAUCUUUGUGAGAACUCCAGCGAUUGCGUCCACUGUAUUCUUGAAGGAUUCGACUGCGCAGGUCCCUCGCGCAAACUUGAAUGACGUAGAUGAAAAUACUCUCAAUUUCACAUUUCACCGAAGUCCAGUAAGAGGGCACGAAGAUUGCGAGGUUAUAUCACUUCCCAGUGAGAUCUCUUCGACUACGUACGGAACCGAGUAUCCUCCCCCAAGAAUUGCGAUCAGUGAGUCUUUGAACACAGCUACAGAUCAGUCUGCGAUUCAGGUCAGGUUAUAUGAACCGUUGUGCUUAUUGAGUAAAGCAAUGUUUUAG